AUGUUCGAUGAGACAAAAGACAUCAAGAUCUUCGGAUCAAUGCGUAAGAUCAGAAGAGCUACAGGCACUGGCUUCACUUACUGCCAUCCAGCAUGCUUGAGCUUCUCAAUUUUCAAAGCAUCAAUCGAUGAAUGGCCAGAUCAGCUUUCUCCAUGGUCCUCAUAUGCCAAAUUCAUCUCAAUCUAUCCAGAACAUACAGACCAGCUCAUGUACAUCGUACAAAAUAUCGCAAAUAUCAAAGCGAAUAAAAUGUAUCGUGACAUUAUUGUUUCAAACAUUGCUACAAUCAUUCAGACACGUGAAACAAACUAUACACCACGUAUCAAGAGCAAGAUUUCCAAGUUCCAGAAGGUCAUCAACAAAGCCAAGAACAGAAUUCGUAACAUUUGGGACUUAAUUCUUCAGAACAACUUACUUGAAAUGAACAAGUCCAUCAAAUCCGCCAUGAAAACAAUCAAAGAGUGCGAAGUCGAUAUCAAUAACAUGAUGAUGCUUCACUCAAACAACAGAUUCGUUGCACGCCAAUAUGCUAAGUACUGUCUUGAAAUUCACGCCGAUGGUGCAGAAUUCAAGGAAUGGUCAGAAAACAUCAGAAAACUCCAGAUGGGACAGAAAGUCAAACCAGAUGUCAUUCACGAUCUUGCUAUGGGUAUCUUCCCUAACAUUCCUGCACACUCACUCAACAAAGAAGACAUGAAAUACUCUGUUACAGAUGAAAUGGAAGGUGAAGCUGUUGAUGAACCAAUUGAAGAUAACCCAGAUAUCGAACUUAUCGAUGUUCUUAAUAACCAAGUUAAGAAACACAAAGUUCCUGCAAUUGUUUUCAUGUAUUGGUCAACUAUCGCUAUGUUCGUUAUUUUCGUUGCUGUUCCUAUUAUUGCAAUCAUGAUCUACUUCCCUAAGUAUAUCAUCGAUCUCCAAGAACCACUUACUUUCCUCAAUGGUAUUUCUUAUCUCAGAAACUUAAUCAACGUCAUGGCAUCAAUGGCCGGAAAGUACAUUCUUGAAGAGAUGUAUGAUGAAAGAAUAGGUGAAAAGAUCAUGCAAAAGAAUCAACUAGAAAAAGGAUUCCCUAUGACAGCGUUCGGUGGAUACACAGAGACAAACAUGAUCAUAUAUUACCUUGCAAGUCAAGUUUCAUAUGCCAACGAAUUGAUGUCAAAGAUCAGAAGUUAUAAAGCAGGAAACAGCUUUAUUGAGAGAGCCAGAACAACAUUGUUCACUUCAAAUCUCAAUUUCAGUUACUUCCUUGCUUAUAAUCAAACAACGAACUUCAAUGCUUCAACAGAUCAGAUCGCAAUUAUGGUUUCUUUGCACGUUGGAAAACUCGCAGAAAUUGGUGAGAUGUCACCAGAUAUUGCAAGAGGAACAGAUGCACUUACAUGCAGAAACAACAACAUUGUUCCAACACAAGCAAUGAGCAAGGCAUUAGAUAUUGUCAAUGAAUAUAUUCUCAAUAUCAAUGCCAGAGAUAAAAAGAUCUUCUUAUCAUUGAUGAUUGUUCUUAUCAUUCUUUGCUGCUUUGGCUACAUCAUUUUGUUCAAUGUUCAGAUCAAGAAAUUGAGAAAGAACAACAUGGACAUCAUGGGCAUCUUCUCAACAAUUCCUAAGACAGUCAUUUCAACAGUUUCAGCAUCAUUCAACCAUGUCAAGAAGAAUGAUACAUCUAACGCAGAACAAACAGAGCAACAGCGCCAUGAAGAUGAAAUGUCUCGCCAGGAAGAAUCAAUCAUGAAACUCUUCUCCACAAUUUCCGAUGGUACUUCACAGGCUACAAACGCUCAGAAGAAUCAGUUCUGCUUCUUCAUCAUUGCUGUCUGCGCAUCUAUUGGUUACUACUUGACAAUCAUCAGAUUCCUCAACGCUUCCAACACAAUGAAGUUAUGGGACGCAUUUUCAAGAUCAUUCUCCAGACAUAUAACCCAGAAGUUUUCUGGGGCACAAUUGUCAAUCCUGAAGAUGAAAUCAAGUACAUUGGCAUUUAUAUUCCAAAGCAGAUCGACUACUUCCACAAGAUUAGACUUGGUUACCCAGCUGCUGGCGAAGUUCCUUUCAUUGGUAUGA